AUGAACAAGGACUGCAAUGCCCUCAUUCAACCAGGGGCACCUACAAAGAAGGAGGAUCCAUGGAGUUUCCACAUCCCUUGUGCCAUAGAAGAAACAAUGAUUGACAAAGGGCUUUGUGACUUGGGAGCAAGCAUCAAUGUAAUGCCUCUCUCCCUCAUGAAGAGGCUCCAAAUCAAUAAACUAACUCCCACUGAUGUAAUUAUCAGAUUGGCUGACAAAACUCAAAGACAAGUAAUAGGAGUGGUUGAAAAUGUGCUGAUAAAGGUUGGGAACUACUACCUUCCCACAGAUUUUGUUGUUCUGGAAAUGGAUGAGAAUUCUAUCUACCCCAUUAUUUUGGGAAGACCAUUCCUAGCCACAGCCAGAGUACUCAUAGAUGUAGAGCGAAGAGAGCUGGUACUGAGGAUACAUGAUGAGCAGCUCACCUUCAAUGUCUUUAAACCCUCACAAGAAUCAGAUCAUGAUAACAGAGAGUUGAUGAAGGAGCCAACCAAGGAAGCAUUGAUGUAA